AUGGCCCACAAGGAUGAUAGCCACGACUCCUCGGAGGCUAAUGUUUCGAAAGGCAGUGAUGAAAGCACACCCCAGGAUGGGAGGGUGACUCCGUCAAGAAACAAGCGUGAUGGAGUGGUCUUUGACUUCAUCCCUCCAGAGGAACUUGCGGAGUUAGCUCGUAUCGCAUCGGCAUUUCCUCGACAUCGUGCAACCGAUUCUGGGAUUUCAGGAAUGGAAAAUGUCGAACGAAAAGACACACUAGAAAACGUCGAAUUAGGUGAUCCGGUUCUGGACCCCACCUCGGAUCAAUUCAAUCAUUACAAAUGGGCUCGCAUGAUGCUGAAGCUGAUGGACAAGGAAGGAGUUCCUGUCCGGAAGUCCACCGGCGUAGUCUGGCAAGAUCUCAAUAUCUCAGGGACAGGAUCUGCACUUCAAUACCAGAACAAUGUUGGAUCGGUUGCCCUAGCCCCCUUACGCCCUCAAGAGUACAUCUCUUGCGGAGGUCGGUCGCCCCAGAAGCAGAUUCUGCGCAACUUUGAUGGUGUUUUGAAAAGUGGCGAGCUGUUAAUUGUACUCGGAAGACCGGGAAGUGGCUGCUCGACAUUGCUCAAGACUCUUUCGGGUGAAUUGCAUGGGCUCAAAUUGGGAAAGGGCUCAGAUAUCCAGUAUAACGGAAUCCCCAUGGAGAAGAUGCACAAAGAGUUCAAGGGAGAGGUCUUGUACAACCAAGAAGUGGACAAGCAUUUCCCCCAUCUCACAGUUGGUCAAACCCUAGAGUUUGCGGCUGCCGCCAGGACUCCGGAAAAUCGAUUGAAUGGGAUCAGUCGCACGCGUUACGCGAAACAUAUCACACAAGUGGCCAUGGCUGUGCUGGGACUGAGCCAUACAUACAACACAAAAGUCGGUGAUGAUUAUAUCCGAGGAGUGUCUGGAGGCGAACGAAAGCGAGUAAGUAUCGCAGAAAUGGCGCUAUCUGGUGCUCCAGUUGGUGCAUGGGACAACAGUACCAGAGGCUUGGAUUCCGCAAGUGCUUUGGAAUUUGCCAAAUCACUGAAGGUAUCGUCGGACUUGAUUGGAAGCUGCCAUGCAGUUGCGAUUUACCAAGCCUCCCAAGCGAUAUACGAUAUCUUCAACAAAGUCAUUGUCCUGUAUGAAGGCAGGCAAAUCUUCUUCGGUCCUUGCGACCAAGCCAAAGAUUACUUCUUGGAAAUGGGCUGGGACUGUCCACCACGACAAACAGUUGGUGACUUUCUCACCUCCGUCACAAAUCCCCAAGAGCGUAAAGCCCGCGAUGGAAUGGAAAACAAAGUCCCUCGCACACCCGACGACUUUGAGAAAUAUUGGAAGAACAGCUCUCAUCACGCUGCUCUCCAAAAAGAGAUCGAAGAGUACAGAGAAGAGUAUCCACUUGGAGGAUCUGCUGGUAAGGAUUUCAAUGCGACAAAAAGACUGCGACAAGCAAAGCAUGUUCGCCCCCAAAGUCCCUAUGUUAUAUCGAUUCCGAUGCAGGUCAAGCUUUGCACAAAGCGAGCUUAUCAACGCAUUUGGAACGACAAACCUUCAACUUUGACUACUGUGAUUGGACGCAUUGUCAUGUCCCUUAUUAUCGGUUCGAUCUAUUUUGGAACACCUCAUGCAUCUGCAGGGUUCCAAAGCAAAGGAGCAGCACUUUUCUUCUCAGUCUUGAUGAAUGCCCUCAUCAGUAUUACUGAGAUCAAUUCACUGUAUGAUCAGCGCCCGAUUAUCGAGAAGCAAGCGUCCUACGCUUUUGUUCACCCAUUCACCGAGUCUCUCGGAGGCAUAGUGGCAGACAUACCCGUCAAGUUUGUCUCUGCGGUAGUGUUCAAUAUCAUCUUCUACUUUUUGGCAGCAUUGCGAUAUGAACCUUCCCAGUUCUUCAUCUUCUUUCUGUUCACUUUCUUGAGCACACUAGCCAUGUCAUGCGUAUUUCGAACCCUCGCCGCAUCCACUAAAACUCUCUCACAGGCUAUGUCAAUGGCUGGAGUAAUGGUUCUAGCAAUCAUUAUCUACACCGGUUUCGUGAUUACUGUACCAGAGAUGAGCAAUAUUCCUUGGUUCAGCUGGAUCCGAUGGAUCAACCCUGUGUUCUAUACCUUUGAAGCAUUGGUUGCAAAUGAGUUCCAUGGCCGUCGGUUUGAAUGCUCACAAUUCAUUCCUGGAUACCCAAGUCUCACCGGGGACUCUUUCAUCUGUGCAGUGCGAGGUGCUGUGGCGGGUGAAAGAACUGUGUCUGGUGACGCCUACAUUCAAUCACAGUACACAUACAGCUAUGCACAUGAGUGGCGAAAUCUUGGGAUCCUGAUUGGAUUCUGGAUCUUUUUCAUGGCGAUUUAUCUGCUAGCUUCUGAGCUCAACUCGUCAACUUCUUCCAAAGCCGAGUUUCUGGUCUUCCGACGAGGCCAUGUCCCUGCGCAACUCCGGCAUCUUGAAAAGGGCACGGACAGCUCUGGCUCGGCGGAAGUCAGCCAAACUGAGAAAAAACCAGAGGAUGACAAAGACACAUCAGCUAUUCCUGCGCAACACGACAUAUUUACCUGGAGAAACGUCUGUUACGAUAUCCCAGUCAAAGGUGGUGAACGCCGUCUUUUGGACAAUGUCUCUGGCUGGGUCAAACCAGGCACUCUAACAGCAUUGAUGGGCGUUUCCGGUGCAGGAAAGACAACUUUACUCGAUGUCUUGGCCAAGCGUGUCUCUAUUGGAGUUGUCACAGGCGAUAUGCUUGUUAAUGGCAAGCCGCUUGAUACCAGCUUCCAGCGAAAGACAGGGUAUGUCCAACAGCAAGACUUGCAUCUUCCGACAACCACUGUUAGGGAGGCACUAAGAUUCAGUGCUAUGCUGCGUCAGGCGAAAACUAUUUCCCAGAAAGAAAAAUACAAGUAUGUCGAGGAGGUGAUUGACAUGCUUGGUAUGCAGGACUUCGCAGACGCUAUUGUUGGAACGCCAGGCGAAGGCUUGAAUGUGGAGCAGAGAAAACUGCUCACCAUUGGUGUUGAAUUGGCAGCCAAGCCGGCACUUCUGAUCUUUCUUGAUGAGCCUACCAGUGGGCUAGACUCACAGAGCUCCUGGGCAAUUUGUGCUUUCUUGCGAAAGCUGGCUGAACACGGGCAGGCGGUACUAUCUACGAUUCAUCAGCCAAGUGCAUUACUUUUCCAACAAUUUGAUCGUCUCUUAUUCCUGGCCAAGGGAGGAAGGACGGUCUAUUUUGGAGAAAUUGGCAAUCAGUCCAGGGUGCUGUUGGACUAUUUCGAGGGUAAUGGAGCUCGAACUUGCGAUGCAUCAGAAAAUCCCGCGGAGUAUAUGCUAGAGAUCAUCGGUGCCGGUGCAUCUGGAAAGUCAACUCAGGAUUGGGCCCAAGUCUGGAACCAAAGCCAGCAAGCCAAAAGUGUCCAAACUGAGAUUGACCGUAUUCACGACGAGCGAGCAUCUGCAAGCGUCAGUGAUGAAGAGAAGUCUCAGCAGGGUGAAUAUGCAAUGCCUUUCACUGCGCAGCUAUGGCUCGUCACCCAUCGAUCAUUCCAGGCCUUUUGGCGGGAACCAUCCUAUGUAUGGGCAAAGAUCAUGCUGGGAACGAUGUCUUCGCUUUUCAUUGGAUUCACUUUCUUUAAGCCCGACAGCUCGCUGCAAGGAUUCCAAGACGUCUUGUUCAGCGCAUUUAUGCUGACAUCGAUCUUUUCUACUUUGGUGCAACAGAUCAUGCCGAAGUUUGUGGUCCAACGCUCGCUUUACGAGGUCCGUGAGCGACCUUCAAAGGCCUACUCCUGGGGCGCCUUCCUGAUAGCAAAUGUCAUUGUCGAACUUCCCUACCAAGUGUUCGUUGGAGUGAUCAGCUGGGCUUGCUACUACUAUCCAAUCUAUGGUUCAGAGCAAGCCUCCCAUCGACAAGGCUUGAUGCUACUAUUCGUGGUGCAGUUUUACAUUUUCACUUCAACCUUCGCAACGCUUGUGAUAUCAUCACUACCCGACGCUGAAACUGGUGGAACAAUCGCUACCCUGAUGUUCAUAAUGACACUGACCUUCAACGGUGUCAUGCAGCCACCCUCGGCCCUGCCCGGCUUCUGGAUAUUCAUGAAUAACUGCAACGGGCUUACAUGGCCGAGCGAUCCAUUGCGCAGCUGCAGAACUGAGUGUUUUCAACCCCCCUCUGGGCUGACUUGUGGUGCAUACCUUGACCCGUACGUCAAAGCCGCUGGUGGUCAGCUGUACAACCCGACUGCUACAAGUGGGUGUGAAUACUGCCAGCUACAGAAUGCGGAUCAAUAUCUAUCUUCAAGUAACAUCUUUUACAGUGAGCGGUGGCGCAAUUUUGGCCUUGGGUGGGCAUACAUCAGUUUCAAUGUGGCCGGCACUGUUCUGCUGUACUACAUGUUCCGUGUCAAGCACUACAAUCCCACUUCGCUGGUACGAGGAAUUGGAAGAGGGGCUUCCUUCUUGUGCCGUGUGUUCAAGCGGCGCUCUGGCCAGACACCGAAGGGCAAAGAAGCAGAUAAUGGCCGACUUGUUUGA